AUGGGCGCCGCCGCGGCCGAUCUCGAGGCGCGUCAGCUCCGCAUCCUCCGUCGCGUCGAAGACCUUGAGCUCGCUGCCCAGCAGCACCGUAUUGGGGCGCUCUCUCUCUCCGACGCCGAAGCGGAGGUCGAGGCGGGGGACACCGAGGAGCGGCUCUCGGCCCUCCUGGCCGCGCGCGGCGUGCACGACUUCGCCUUCCGGCGUGUUCCAGCGGACUACUACGACCGCUCUCUCGAGGAGCGUCGCGACCUCCUCGCAGUCGAUUCAGUCGCCCAGCUUUGCAAGAGCAUAGUGAUGGCUUGGUAUCCAUGGAUAUGUUCUCUGAAUCAUGUCCACUUUUCGCAGGUGAAUACCAAAGCUGCUGCAGAUGUAGUUGACUGCAGUAACCCAAAGAAUUCUAAAUAUUAUGUUGUUAUUGUUCAGUAUAUGGCACGGCUUAAUGCUGAAAACAUCAAGAACUUCCUGUAUACCCUAAAUGAGAGUCAGAUACCCAAAAAGAGAUUUAACAUGAGGCUCGCACCAGAAGAGGAGUCACUCAUGCUUACUGGGUUUGUGCACAAUGGUGUGACAUGCAUUGGAAUGAAAACAGCCAUACCGGUUAUCAUAGAUGAAGCCAUCACCAAGUUGGAUGAGGAUUUCUUCUGGCUAGGUGGUGGAGAAGUUGACCUCAAGCUCGGGAUGCGGACCUCAGAGUUCCUAAAUGCUUUCAAUCCAUUUGUGGUGAAGUGUAGUUAA